AAAUAUGCCACUGGUUAUUCACAGAGAUGGACCGUUUUUUCUGUUAAUAACUGAGGAAUCAGCGUUGACAGUAAAAACACCUAUGAAAGAUGGCUUUAAUGGAUUUUCUCAUGUUGUUUUCCACAACAUGGUCAGAUACACAGACUUUGCUCCUGUUUUUUGUUGUCUUUCUGGUUUUUGGCCAACUGAAGAACAGAAGGCCCAAGAAUUUCCCUCCAGGUCCCACACCUUUACCCUUUCUUGGCAAUUUCUUCAGUCUGGACCAUAAUCAGCUCCACAUUCAGUUAACCAAGCUGUCCGAUAAGUACGGUGACAUCUAUAGCUUGCAGCUGGGUGGAAUACAUUUUGUAGUGGUGAAUUCCUAUACUAUGGUAAAGGAAGCUCUUGUUGAUCAAGCAGAGACCUUCUCCGGCCGUCCACCCAACCCUGUCUUCCAGAAAAUCAACAAGUGUCAAGGUAUAGCCUUUAAUAAUGGCUACAGCUGGAAGCAACAACGGCGUUUUACUCUCAGCACUCUCAGGAACUUUGGUUUGGGAAAAAGGAACCUGGAGUCCAGCAUCACAGAGGAGUUCAACUUUCUUCACCAGGCCAUCAUCAAUAAGAAAGGGGAACCUUUCGAUCCUCACUUUGUUAUCAACAAUGCUGUCUCAAACAUCAUCUGUUCUCUAGUGUUUGGCAGAAGGUUUGAAUAUACAGACGAGAGGUUCCUGAACAUGCUCGAUCUGAUGUCAAAAUCCCUUAAACUGGAAGGAUCACUGUGGGCACAGCUUUACAACUCAUUCCCUCGCUUUAUGGACCUCGUCCCCGGACCCCAUAAAACGAUGUUCUCAUAUAUUCAACAACUGUGUGUUUUUCUGAGAGAAGAGUUUGAAAAGCAUCGUGCAGAAUGGGACCCCUUGUCACCCAGGGAUUUUAUAGACUGCUACUUUAGUGAGAUUGAGAAGAGGAAAGAUGAUCAGGAGGCAGGAUUUCAUUCUGAGGGUUUGUGCUACACCGUACUGGACCUGUUUAUGGCAGGGACUGAAACCACCUCAACCACUCUACUGUGGGCCUUCGUAUAUAUGAUGAAGUACCCUGAAAUCCAAGAAAAGGUGCAGGCAGAGAUAGACAAAGUGAUUGGACACUCACGCCGACCCAGCAUGGCUGACAGACCCAACAUGCCCUACACUGAUGCAGUCAUUCAUGAGAUCCAGAGGAUGGGCAACAUUGUUCCUCUGAAUGUUCCAAGAAUAACCAAUAAGCACACAACACUGGGGGGAUAUUAUAUGCCAAAAGGUACGUUGGUCAUCCCCAACCUGACCUCAGUGCUGUUCGAUGAGACCUGGUGGAAGUCUCCUCAUUCGUUUGACCCUCAGAACUUUCUCAACACUCAGGGAGAGUUCAUCAAACCUGACGCUUUCCUUCCCUUCUCAGCUGGUAAAAGAGUUUGCCCUGGUGAGUCACUUGCUCGCAUGGAGUUGUUUAUUUUCUUCACUUCUCUCCUGCAAGCCUUCACUCUGUCCUCUCCAGCGGGAACCAAACCUAGUUUGGACUUUGAAUUUGGUGUGACACUCUGUCCAAAGCCUUUUAGAAUCAAGGCUAGUCCCCGGAUCCAGUCACUUUCUCAAAAGGACUAAAGACCCACUGAUUCAGUGAGUCAAAAAAAAGGGAAGUGUCUCUUAAAACAGUCACUCUUGUUACAUUAUAUAUGUUUCAUUUCAUCUUUGUAUAUCACUGCCUGUUGCUGGUGGAAUAUGUUUACCUUUUAUUGAAUCUUCUCAUUUCAGGCAGGCAAAAUUGACUGUUAACUUGUCUCUUUUUAACUUUUUAAGCUGUCUGUCAUAGUUUCCACAAACAACAUCCAGUUUUCUAGAAUACAGUGCAAAAAAGAGUGGCAAGUGAAAUUAUCUUAAAUCUAGAUGUAAGCAAUUAUUUACAUUAUUAACCCUCUACAUAUUUUCUACAUUAUUAACCCUCUGCAAGUGAAGAAAUUAUCUUAAAUUUAUAUAAGAAAUAUAUAUAGACAAGCAAAACAAGUACAGUUAUAUGCCAAUAUUUUGAGAAUUUCAUUUGAUAAAGUCACAAGUAAAACUUCUAGAAACAAGCUAAACAAUCUCCAAUAAGAUUAUAAUAAUCUACAAUAAACAGUCUCAAAAUGUGAGAAAUAUUAGAUACGUCAACUAGAUUUAAGAUAAUUUCACUCUCCAAGACAUUUUUUGCAGUGUAGUAAUAGUCAGCUCACAAAAAAUAUUGUAACCAAAUAAUCUAUGGAUGAUUUUUUUGUCAUUGUUGAUCUGUGACCAAAGGAGCUUUGUGCUAUGCAGGGGAUGUGCCAAUACAGGAAUUGGUGGCCAAUGCUGAAAAUUUUCAUGUACAUUUCUACUAUAGCCGAUAUCAAUGCUGAUAAAUGAUAUGCAGAAAUUGGGUCUGGAUCAACCUGGAUUAGCAUUAUGAAUGUACAUUUUUUUGUACAGAGUUACAAAUACAGUAAAUCUAAUAAAAUGCAGAACCUUUGGCACAGUA